AUGCAGCUUGCGCUUGGGCGGGCGGGACGAGGAGGAGGAGGGGGUGGAGGAGGAGGAGGAGGAGGAGGAGGAGGAGGAGGAGGAGGAGGAGGAGGAGGAGGAGGAGGAGGAGGAGGAGGAGGAGGAGGAGGAGGAGGAGGAGGAGGAGGAGGAGGAGGAGGAGGAGGAGGAGGAGGAGGAGGAGGAGGAGGAGGAGGAGGAGGGGAUGGAGGAGGAGGGAAAUUCUGAAGAGGAGGAAGAGGGGUACGGGGGUUCAUCCUUGGCAGAUGGUGGUUUUUCUGCCACUGAUGCGCACUGGCGGAACUGGUGGCACUGGCAGCACUAGUGGCACUGGCGGCACUGGUG